AUGCGAAGCUCAACGGACAGAGCUCACGAGCUAAAGAUGAACAACUAUGCGCUGAAGGAGGUGAUAGAAACAGGAACAACGAGCUAUGUAUAUAAGGGCGUGGAUUUGCGAAGCAGCGAGACAGUUGCCAUAAAAGUCAUAAGCCGAAAGAAGUACGUUGGGAUAGAGAAAAAGCAGUCGCGAGAGAACAGAAUACUGCGGGAAGUGCUUAUUUCCUUCCUGCUCGUGCACAAGAGCAUUUUGCGGCUUCGGGAGUUUUUCUACACAAACGAGUGCUUCUACUUGAUAUUCGACUACAUCUCGGGGGAGCAGCUGCUCAAGAAGAUCAUCAAGAGCAAAAAGCUCUCGGAGGCGCAGGCGAGAAAGUACUUUCUCCAAAUACUGGACGCGCUGAGCUACUGCCACGCCCACAAUAUAGUUCACAGGGACAUAAAAAUAGAGAAUAUUAUGGUGGACAAGGACGACAACGCCAUACUGAUAGACUUUGGGCUGGCGAACUUUUUUGAGAAAGAGGGGUUUCUCGGGACGUUCUGCGGGUCUUUGUACUUUGCAGCCCCGGAGCUCCUCUCGGGGAAUCUGUACCGAGGGCCGGAGGUCGACGUCUGGAGCCUUGGCGUGGUUUUGUACGUUAUGGUGUGUGGGCGUGUCCCGUUUGACGACAAAAACAUGCAGUCUCUCUACCACAAGAUCAUAGCCGGAAACAUAUCUACGGAGGGCGUGUCCCCCGCUCUGAAGUCGCUCCUCCUGCAGAUGCUGAACCCAAACAGGACCACCCGCAUAGAAAUUAUGGAUAUAUACAGGCACGAGUGGGUGGGGGAAACCCCUCCAGAGACGUGCGAGAAGAUCCCAGAGAAGCCCUUUGUGGACCCUGGGAUAUGCGCGUAUAUAAACUACCUUUUUGGCGACCAGUUCAAAAAGAAGGACGGCGGAUACUACAACAGCAUAACCAAAGUAUACCAGCUCUACAAGAAAAAGCAGAAGGGGAAGUGGUGUGCAAGCCGCCUGGACGGAAUUGUGGACUUUAUCUCGGACAAGAAGCUAAGGGUGAAGAACAGCAUCCUGCGCCACUGGAGAGGCCUCAAAAGCUCUGAGGAUGUGCUGGCCAACGCCCUGGAGAAGGCAAUCAAGGAGAUGGGCCUGGCCUUCGAGGUCUCUGCAGGAAAAUAUUUCUGCAUGUUUGCAGAGGAGAUUUUCAUCGUGCAAAUAUGCCAGAACAUUUUCAACAAGGCGUACGGACUCGACGUAAAAAGCAAGAUGAAAACCCGAAAUCUAAAACUGAUAAAGGACUCCCUAAAGUCCCGGGUCAGGCAAAUAGUCCAGCCAGACAAGCUUUUUCUAAUAAACAGCGCAGCCCCGCGCGCUAGUGAAUAA